CUACUCAGGAUCGAGACGUGCUAUUUCUGUUCCAGGCCGGCCUACCCAGGCAAGGGCAUACAGUUCGUGAGGAACGAUGCCCGGGUAUUUCGGUUCUGCAGGAGUAAAUGCCACAAGAACUUCAAGAUGAAGCGCAACCCCCGCAAGCUCAAGUGGACAAAGGCCUUCCGCAAGGCGGCCGGCAAGGAGAUGACGGUCGACUCGACGCUGCAGUUGGCGGCACGGCGCAACGUCCCCGUGCGCUACAACCGCGACCUGUUCCAAAAGACGCUCAAGGCCAUGGACCGCAUCGCCGAGAUCCGGGCCCGCCGCGAGCGCGUGUUUUACAAGAAGCGCAUGGCCGGCAAGCGCGAGCGCGAGGUCGCCGCCGCGCGCAAGCUCGUCGCCGAGAACGAGCAUCUCCUGCCGCGCCUCCGCGGCUCCGAGAAGCGCCGCAUCGCAGAGGAGCGCGGCAUCACGGUCGAGGAGGUCGAGGAGAUGUCGGUCGGGGAGAUGGUCGAGAAGGCCAAGCAGUCCAAGAAGGCGGGCAAGAGCAAGCUCUUUGGCAAGGAGAUUCUGCGCCAGAGGGUGCGGGCGGAUGGUGGCGUCGACACCGUGGUGGAGAGGACGGUCGGUGCCGGCGAGGGCGACGACGACGACGACGAUGCGGAGUGGGGCAGCGACGCCGACGACGUGGAUGGCAUGGACACGGACUAG